CACGCGGGGCGCAGUUUCUCCCUCCGCCGUCACAUCGGAACAGGAGACACCGACCCCGGAAGUACUAACGGGGACACAUGCUGUGUUUGUGUGGUGCAUGUUACCUGGACCUGGUCCUGGACCGUGUUUACCGGGACCUCUGCAGCUCCGACAUGCCCGCGGCUUGAACCAUGACGAAGCUGCAGGCUUUGAGGGCGCUGGUGGCGGAGAGGCUGUCUGCGGCUGCAGAGGAGAUCUGCAGCGCCGUGGAGAGGAUGAUGCUGAACACACACACAGAAAUAUCACCUGAACAGCAGAGGGCGGCUGUGCACAAGCGUCUGUCGGUGGUCGCUGAAGAGAUCUUCAGGAUCUUGGAGAUAAUGAUGGCUGAAUAUGAGGCAGAGGUCUCCGGUUCUCACAACGAGGUUGGACGUCAUCGUCCACUGCUGGACAUCACGUUGAAAACGGAAACGAGUUUACACACAACAGACAAACCUCCUCUCCAGGAAACCUCAAAUCUUGAAGACACCUCGACGGAGACAGACUCUGAGUUUCUCUACGUUAAGGCGUCACAUCUUCACCAAACACAAGGAGCAGAGAGGGGAACCUCAGCUGUGACGGAGCCAGGAGGAGAGCCACAAAGUGACCCCGAGGUUCUGUCAUCAAACAAUUCAGAAGCUGGGAGCGACGACAGCGAGAGUGACGAAGAUCUGAGUGAGAAAUCAGACAAAAGAAAAACGUCUCAGAGACAAAGUCACGGUGCAGAUCGCUGCAUAACAUGUGGAACGUCUUUCCGCAAGGGGAAGAAAGUGAAAAAACACACGAGGAAAAUCGCUCCAACCAACAGGAGUCAAACUGCGGGACAGAGCUGCUGCAGAGUUUGUGGAAAAUUCUUCCGCUACAAACGCUCUUUUUUGAAACACGUACUUCAGCACGAGCAGAGCUCGGAUCUGUGCGGAGCCUGCGGGAAACAUCUGGACUCCGGCGAGAGCCUGAAGGAGCAUUUACAAACUCACAAUGAAGAAAACAUCUGCAGGGAUCAAACGGAGGACAGACGCUCGGAGGCCGAGUGCUCCGACGCUGAGAGCAAAGUGGGCGACAGUGAUGAGGACUGGAAGGGAAGUGGAGGAAGUGAGAGUGAUGACAGAGACAGCGAGAAAGAUGAGACCAAAGGGGGACCGUGUUCACAAAAGCCAAAGAUUCAAGGACCCAACAAACCGAAGGGAUCUAAAAAUAAGGAUUGUAAGGAUUUAUCUCAUCUGAAAUACUGCUGUAAAGUGUGCGGCAAGUCUUUCUGUUACAGAGCUUCUUUCCUGAAGCAUGUGCAAGAAGACGAGCGGGAUGCAGAUCUCUGCGGCGUUUGCGGGAAACACUUCGAGUCCGAGGAGAGCUUGAGGCUUCACUUGCAAACGUACAUCCAAACGAAUGACUGCGAAGUUUGCGGCAAACACUUCGAUGGCCACAACCAGCUGGAGAUGCACAUGAGGACCCACACGGGGGAGAAGCCGUACAUCUGCAGCGUCUGCGGGAAAGCGUUCGCUCAAAACGGAAACCUGAUGGGUCACAUGAGGGUCCACACGGGCGAGAAGCCGUACGUUUGCAGCGUGUGCGGUCAGAGCUUCAGCUUUAAAGAGUACAUGAUGGCUCACAUGAGGAUCCACACGGGCGAGAAGCCGUUUCUUUGCAGCGUCUGCGGGAAAGGAUUCAGGCAGAGGGGAACUCUGAAAACACACAUGAUGAUCCACACGGGGGAGUCCACGCACCGAUGCAGCGUAUGCGACAAAAAGUUCUACAAGAGCGGAGCGUUGAAGAUCCACAUGAGGUCGCACACGGGAGAGAAACCGUAUCUUUGUAACGUGUGCGGGAAAAGUUUCACGGCCAGCGGCUCGCUGACCAAACACAUGGGCGUCCACAAGGGGGAGCGAACGCACUGCUGCAGCGUCUGCGGGAAAGGAUUCCUGAGGAAAGACGACCUGAAAAGACACGUGCAGACGCACAGCUGACGAGUCUUUAAUGCUGCGUGUUAAAGAAAUAGUUCAAUGUUUUUUUGGGGGGGAAAUUUGCUUUCCUUAAAAGGGUGUGAUGUGAAAAUAUGAGUAAUUUUUUCAAGCGUGAAUGGUGAAUGUUUCAGCUUUUCAGUUUGUUUUUCUUCUAAAUUGAUCAGGAGUUUUUGGACUGUUGCUCCGACAAACAAAACAUCCUAAGACAUCAACUUCAGAACUUCAGCUUCAGGACUGUGUUCUGACAUUUGUUGUUAUGUUUGUAUAUCGCUGGUACUUGUUGUUUCAUGAUUCUCUUCAUAUUUUAUGUAUUGACAUUUUUGUAAUGCCGAUAUUUUACGCUCUUCAUGGUGCUUCUGUCUCGUUGGCUGAUCUUUUCCUAAAUGUUAAGCUGUUCCUUUAAAUGAUAAAGUGCUGAAACAAAGCUGUAGUUAUAUACACCUGGUCUCACGUGUUUUAAAAUGUAUACAUAGUAAUAAUUAAAACAACAUGUCAAGUUAUAUUCAAUAUAAACCAAAGAAUUUAAAAUCACACAACUUGGCUUUAACUGUUCGUACAUCGAGCCUUCCAAAGGUUUUUGAUUAUAACUCUAAAAGAUUCAAUGAAAUAAAAACAUCUAGAGGAAUUUUAAAAGGUCCAUCGUGUUCGAUUUAGUAUUUUAUUGGCACAAAUGGAAUAUAAUAUACAUAACUGUUGUUUUUGUAAUGUUAAAAUGAGCCUUUUAUAUCUAGACACUGUGGAGUCCUCUGUGCUUCAGCAGCCCACAAUGAACAAACUAAACAAACUAAACACUGGCUCCAGAUGGUGCCUUUUUAGACGCCACGAAAUCCUCCACAGUGGAUCCUUAAUUUGACGCUGAGUCACUGAAACUGCUGAGUGGUGGUGAUGAGAUACAUGAGUCUGUACUGAGGUAUUGUCCUGUUUAACAUCUAUUUAAGAAAAGUUGGCAAAGUUUUAGUUUUUACUGAGGCAGUACAUGAGAAAAUGAUUUAUUCAGAUGAUGAUCAGGGAUUUAAAAAAAUCAUCAUGUUGCUAAAGAGCGAAGAAAAAACAAGAUACGACGUCUGAAAUUUGAUGCAAAUGUAAAACAUAACGUGUCAGGUCAUAUUCAGAAAUUUAAAUUAAACUAUUUAAAGAAUGAUGAAUGAAUCUCUUUAAUGGAAUCUGUUGAUUUGUUGAGUUUCU